AUGCGCCAGCUUCUCGCUCUUCUUCUGCUCUACGUGGUAGGCGUAACGUCAACCGCCGCCGAAUACCACGAGCAGCUCAACCUCCGACCGCUUCCCCUAUCCUCUCUCCUCGCGAGCUUCAACUUCCGAGCGACGACGCCCGUAUCCGAUUUCGAAGCGCAGAAUUUCAGGUUAUUCCCGAGGUCUCUGGGCCAGAUCCUUCAGUAUGCUGGUACGAGGGAGCUUCAUUUGAGGUUUGCGUUGGGGAGGUGGGAUGCUGAGCUUUGGGGCGCGCGGCCGUGGGAUGGGACGAGGGAGGGUGGGACUGGUGUUGAGCUUUGGGCAUGGCUUGAUGCGGAGACGGAUGAAGAGGCGAAUGAGAAAUGGCUUGUCUUGACGAAUGCACUCUCGGGCCUCUUUUGCGCAUCCCUCAACUUUAUCGACAGCACCCGCACGACUCGACCCGUCAUGUCCUUCGAGCCGGAGGGCACUCUUCCGAACGCGACCACUAAUUCCAGCCUCAGGCUAUUACACGGCGUCCUUCCUCACGAGGUCGUCUGUACAGAGAACCUAACGCCUUUCCUAAAGCUCUUGCCAUGUAAAGGCAAGGCUGGCAUUUCGAGCCUUCUCGAUGGCCACAAGCUCUUCGAUGCUUCCUGGCAGAGCAUGGCCAUCGAUGUGCGACCACUUUGCCCAGAGGAUGGCAGAGAAUGCGUCCUUGAGAUCGAGCAGACUGUCGACAUGGUCCUGGAUAUUGAUCGCUCUAAGCGUCCGAGAGAUAACCCUAUUCCCCGACCUAGGCCUCAUCAUGAGCUCAAGUGCGAUACGACCAAGCCAUAUCAUGCCGAAGGCGGGUGUUUCCCUCUUGAUCAUGCGCUCGGUCAAGAAUGGACUCUUUCUCAAAUCUUCGGGAAGCCCCUCAAAGGCACAUGCCCUCUAACCAACCCCGACACGCCCCCCGUAUGCAUGGAAGUGCCCAAUUCGAGGCACGUAUUCACGUCAGUCGGGGCCCGCGAGAUCAAGAGUUCUCAAGGCAAUUCUCGCUGCUAUGAGUUGGACGCAGACGCGGAUUUCGACAUCAUCCUACCCCCCCUUAAUAACGGGGAAGGCCUAGACGGUCCCGAGGAAGACUUCGUCAAACCCGCCACGCCUCUCAUCUACGCAGACCGCAGUUUCAUGGGCUACGGACAAGAGCGCGGCGCCGUCCAGACCAUCCUGAGAAACCCCAGCCCUGACACCGAGGUCGAAUUCGUCUACAUGGAAUCCCUCCCCUGGUUUAUGAGGGUCUAUGUACAUACUCUCGACGCCCGCAUCGACGGCGUAUCGGGCUCCCAACGAUCCCUCAUCAAAGAAAUCUACUACCGACCCGCCGUCGACCGUGCCCGAGGCACCCAACUCGAGCUCCGCAUGGUCCUACCCCCCUCCUCGACCGUCUUCCUAAGCUACGAUUUCGAAAAGUCCAUCCUGCGAUACACUGAGUACCCGCCCGACGCCAACCGCGGCUUCGACGUAGCGGCGGCCAUCAUCACGACGGUUUCGCCACGCAGGUUGAAUCUGCGCACGACGUCGCUGUUGCUGAACCUGCCGACGCCGGAUUUCAGCAUGCCGUAUAACGUUAUCAUUUUCACAUCUACGGCGAUCGCCCUUGCUUUCGGGGGCUUGUAUAAUAUCCUUGUGAGGAGGUUCGUUGGGGUAGAUGAGGCGCCGAAGCCGCCUUUGAGGAGGAAGAUUGGGGCUUUGGUGGAGAGGGUUAAAGGGUUGGUGAGGGCGAAGCGGGGGAAAGAAGGUAACGGGAAAGGAUAA